AUGGCUCUCGCCAAUGCUACUGCAAUCGGCAAUGCCGCAGGCACCAUUCUCGACAGUAUCCUCAAAGCUAACCUCGGCGUCACACGAGCGAAUGUUUCCUUCUUUCCCGACCUGACGGGCUGCACUUACAGGCCCGGCAUACCCAAGGACUACAUCCUCGGCGCCCCGAUCGAUCACGCAGGCGGUGGUCGUUGCUAUCCUUUCCAUCUCAACGGAUCCGUGGCCUAUGAAGGCGUCUUUGCUCAUUAUGGCUACAACCCCUCUAUGACGAGCGCCUGUGUAUUUUUGACCCUCUUCAUGCUUUUGACCGUCAUACACGUCGGUCUCACCAUCGCAAGCAAACGCGCAUGGCUCUCUGUCAUCGCCAUCGGAGGCUUCGUCGAGUGCAUUGGCUGGCAUGGUCGCUUGCUGUCAGCUUUCGAUAACGGUUUCAGUGCUGCUUCAAAGAAGAGCUUCCUCACAUCCACCGUCUGCUUGACUAUAGCGCCCGUCUUCUUUUCAGCAGCUUGUUACGCCACCCUCGUUCUCAUCGUUUCUCAGCUCUCUCAGUAUGGCCACGCAACGCCCAGAUACUCGCCAAGAAGCAUGACAAUCUUCUUUUGCCUGGCCGACUUUCUUUCGCUCGUUUGUCAGGCCAUUGGCGGCGCCCUCACGUCAACAGCCAAGACAACCAGCGCAAGAGACACAGGCACACACAUCUUCCUUGCCGGCAUUGUCUUCCAGCUCGUGAUGAUGCUCGUCUUUCUUGCGCUAUACCUCGAGUUCUUCUAUACUUACAACCGACACGUCCCCCGCAAGGUUGCUCGCCUUGCCCUCGGCGUCUUGUUGGCCUCCGUUGCCAUCGUCAUCAGGGGGCUCUAUCGUACCGUCGAACUCAGCGAAGGCUGGACUCGAGGCCCAAUGAUCCAUGAGCCCUAUUUCUUCGUAUUUGACGCGGCCAUGAUGCGCGGCAGAUCACAAGCUGGCAACGCGGCGAGCUCCAUCACUGAGCAGGCUGCAAGUAUGAGAUUGUUCGGCCUGCUGGCUUGCGCUGUCCUGGCGCAAGCUUCACUAUUCGGUUCGACGCCAGAUCUGGACGUGGUUGCUUCGUUCGGCGCCGAUAACCCUUUUGCCAGUACGUCUGGCCAGGCAAACAAGAUCACGCUCACUAUGACGAGCCAUAGCAAAGGCAGCGACUUGCUCGUCCAGUCUGUCCAUGGCUCGUUCAGAGAGAUGUCGGGCAAAGAGCGUGUCUUGCGCAACACGACGAAAGCGGUCUACAAGGCGGCUCUGCCCAGCGAACAGCCCGUGCCCAUCGUUUAUCAGUUCCACAGCGAGUUCAAGCCACAAGAUCUCAAUUUCCAGAUCUAUGUGACCUACAUUGACAAGAAGACGUACGUGCAGAAGGUGCCCGUCGGUAUUGUACAGAUCACCGAGCCCAAAGGGUCUUGGCUCGAUCCUCAACUGCUGUUCCUUUACCUCAUCCUCAUGUCAGGAGCAGCUGGCGCGGCUUACUUUGCCUACAACAAGUAUGUGAGCUCGUCGCGCAAACGAAAAGGAAAGAAGAAAUCAGCAGAUGGCAAGGCGAAAGUGCCGGGCGCAUUUGGAUCUGCGCCCAGUACACCCGCAAAGGGCGGCAAGCCGCCGGCGGUAGAUGAGAGCUGGUUGCCAGAUCAUCAUCGUGUCAGUCAGCCCAAGCAACGCAAGGGACAGACUGCAACUUCGGACAGCGAAGGGCAGUCUGAUGCAGGCGGCAAACGCAAGCCACGCAAGGGCAGGUGCAUGCUGAGGAGGGCAUUGAACGGCCCUGUCAAGCUUCGUCUCAGCUCUCACAUAGUCCGUUCGAGUGUUCAAUCAGUCAGCGUCGCUGCACCGUACGCUCAGAGGAAACCUCGGGCCCAUCGAGCAAGUUUCUCAAAUUCUGCUCGAGAGCUUGCAAAGAAACGCAAAAUGCCGCCCAAGAAAGCCGCUGCAGCAGAGCGCAAGGCUUUGUUAGGACGGCCAAGCAACAAUUUGCAGAUUGGCAUUGUCGGUCUGCCUAACGUCGGCAAGUCAUCACUCUUCAAUGUCAUUGCAAAGUGCGAUCUCGGCAAGGCUGCCAACUUUCCAUAUCCAGAAGAAGCGCGGGUGCCAGUCCCAGAUGACCGUUUCGACUGGCUAGUACAACUCUACAAACCGAAAUCAGAGAUCCCUGCCUUUCUGACUUGCGUCGAUAUUGCCGGUCUGACAGCGGGCGCCUCUACCGGUGCCGGUCUCGGUAACGCUUUCCUGAGUCAUGUCAGAGCCGUCGAUGGUAUCUUUCAAGUCGUUCGCGCCUUUGAUGACGCAGAAGUCAUACACGUAGAAGGCGAUGUCGAUCCUAUCCGGGAUAUGAACGUCAUCCAGACCGAGCUGCGACUCAAAGACAUCGAAUGGGUCGAAAAGACACUCGAGUCGAAGCGAAAGACAUUCAGGGGAACGGGAACAGCGUCACUUGCCGACAAGGCAAAGAAGGAAGAGAUUGAUAUCAUUGCAAAGAUCCACAAAACAUUGACAGAAGACAACCGGGACGUGCGGAAACCUUUGGUCGACUGGAACAAUAAAGAAAUCGAUGUGAUCAACCACCUACAACUACUGACAGCCAAGCCCGUCAUCUAUCUCGUCAACCUGAGCGAAAAGGACUACAUCCGAAAGAAGAACAAGUGGCUUGCAAAGAUAAAGGCCUGGAUCGACGAGAACAACCCUGGCGAUCUGCUCAUCCCAUUCUCAGUUGCACUCGAAGAGCGUCUGGUCGUCAUGAAUCCGGCCGAGCAGGCCGAAGAGGAAAAGAAGAUUGGCACGACCAGCGCGGUCGGCAAAAUCAUGAAGGCUGGCUAUGAUGGUUUGCAUCUGAUACGUUAUUUCACUUGCGGACCGGACGAGGUGCGAGCGUGGACGAUCAGGCAAGGUACCCGAGCGCCACAAGCUGCCGGUGUCAUCCAUGGCGACUUCGAGAAGAACUUUGUGUGCGGCGAAAUCAUGCUGUUCGAUGAUCUCAAAGAGCUAGGCUCGGAAGGAGCGGUCAAGGCAGCAGGCAAAGUGAUGCAAAAGGGCAAGCCUUACGAAAUGCAAGAUGCCAAUAUCGCAUACUGGAAAGCGGGCGCAUAG